AUGUCCCAGCAUUCCUCCGGUGGUGGCGGAGGAGGACCCUGCCACUGCUCGCCUGAGGACUGUGAUGGCCCGGGCAGAGACUACUACCAGGGUCACAGCGAGGGCCACUAUUACCCUCCCGGAGGUCCGGUUGAAGCCCUGGCAUUGGAGAGGCACCAUUCUCACUCCCACUCCCAUAGCCACUCUGGAGGGGGAACCUUCCCCCGCUCCCAUCCCAGCCAGCACCCACCUCUCCAGUCGCUUGACUCUUGCGAAGAGUGUGUGUCCUCAGGCCACGGAGGGAAGAUGCACCGCAUUCCCCCCAACAUGAUAGACCAGUUUGAGAAGCCCUUCCAUCCUGAUGGCUUCCACACACUGCAGUACCAGCGCAGCGCCAGUGGGGGUGCUGAGCCACGCAGCGAGAGCCCCUCACGUAUCCGCCACCUGGUCAACUCUGUGCAGCGCCUCUUCGCUAAGUCCCAUUCUCUGGAGGCACCGAGCAAGCGGGAGUACAAUGGCAUGAGAGGAGGCGGGGACUACCGUGGCGAGAGAGGAGGAGGCCACAGGAGUGGAGGGGAGGAUGGCGGAGGCCACUAUUCAGGUCAUCAGCCUCGCUCCACCAGGAGGAGCAAGUCUCGAGAGCGAAGCAAGAGCGGAGACUCACGACACGAGUCCGGCAGACGCCACCGCAGCAGGACAGCAGGCUGGUGGAGCUCUGACGACAACCUGGACAGCGACAGCAGCUUCCUGGUCAGUGGGGGCAGACGGGCGUAUCCCAGCGGACACGAGAGCCUGGAUGCAGCAAUCCAGGAGCUCACCAUGAAGAGGCCCAAGGAGCGCGGUGGUGGUGUUGUUGGUGUGCCGGUACCUGGGGAGUGCAUGGCCUGUACCACGAUGGCUCUGGCUGGAAGUGAAGGAGGGGGACAUCACGGGCACCAGGGCCACUCCCUGAAAAGGAGCACCUGGUCAGCCAUGACAGUGAGUCAGGCCAGAGAGGUGUACCCUUCUACCAGGGGAGGAGGCUAUGAGAAAGCCCUGGUGCCCUUGGAGAGUAAGCUGAAGGAGAGGACCUUCCACUACUUGCAGGUCCCUUCAGAUGACUGGGGCGGUGGUUAUGGAGGUGGUGCAACGGACGGCGGAGGGGAGAUUCCAUGCCGUCGUAUGCGGAGCGGCAGCUACAUCAAGGCCAUGGGCGAUGAUGACAGUGCUGACUCAGACAGCAGCCCGAAAGCCUCGCCCAAGUCCACCCUGAUCGCCCAGAGGGAUGCCUUUAGACGCUCUAUCAGCAUGGAUCAAAGGUACUCGUGUAAGGAGUGCACAGACCCAUACCCCAACAGCCGGACCACACCCAAAACCCAGACCCGCUCUCGUAGUUACACCCGCUCUCUGACCAGCUCACAGCUGGGAGACACGUUGAACCGUCAGUUCGAGGCUGUGUGCGAGACCAUGUUCGGAGAGGUGGAGUCUCAAGCCGUCGAGGCCUUGGACCUUCCAGGUGUGUUCCGCAGUCGCAGCCACAGCUACGUCCGUGCCAUCCAGGCCGGCUGUUCCCAGGACGACGACUGCCUCUCCGUCUUCUCCAUGUCGGGCCCCCAGGGAAGCAUCAAGGGCGGGGCCGUCUUUCCUUAUCGUAAAGGUGCUCCUCCCCCACUCCCACCUCGCAUGUCCAAGUCUUCACUGUCGGUGCGAGCCCAGAGCAGCACCGAGUCCACCCAGGAUGCCUACUUCCAGAGCGGUGGACAGUUGGCCUCGAGCUCUAGCCCCGGGCGUCCCAAGCAGCACAGCAACUCAGUGGACCUGGGCAGCUCCGACGGCCCCUCGGGUCGCUCCUCCAGAGGAGGCUACUACACCGCCACAGGCCCUGGACGUUCCCGACAGCACAGUAACUCGGCGGAGAGCCUAGAUGGGGUCAGGGGUUCGCGGGAGCUGGUGCCCUACGGUGGGGGUCCGGGAGUAAGGGCCAAACACAGCAGCUCGGCUGACAGUCUACUGGAGGGGCCACCGAGGCCGGCCAGGGAGAGGGACGGCAGGGUCGUGGGCAGCCUGGGGAAGUCAGUGUCUCUGCCUCAGAACAGCAUAGUGCUGAGUAAAGCUGGGGGGCAGGACGGUGGGAGAAAGUGGAGGCCGUCCAUAGCUGUGCAGGUGGACAGCUCAGAGACUCUGUCAGAUUCAGACGCAGAUGGCAAAGCUCUCACAGAGGUCCACUCUAUAGGGGUCCAAGUGGAAGACGACAAAAGGCGGGCUCGUUUCAAGCGCUCCAACAGCGUGACGGCGAGCGUGCAGGCCGACAUGGACCCCGAGGGCUUCCCGGGACUCAGCAUCGCCGUGCCAACGCAGGACAAGAGUCUCCAGUUCGGCUGUUCCUUCCAGAGGCACUCGUCAGAGCCGGAGUCAGCUAGCCAGUACACCGAUUGCCACCGCACUGUCCACACACAGGGACAAUGGGCCUACAGAGAGGACUUUCUCCAGGGCGGCUAUACCACUGAGGUCUGCCAAGCGGACCCACGGCCCCACCAGCACCCACACUUGCCUCCACGUUCCCACUCCCCUCUGCCCAUCACCGCUGAAAGAGCUUGGGCGGGGAAACCGUCCCAGGAGGGCCCCCGGAGCCUGCCCGACUCAGGCCGAGCCUCGCCCUGCAUGAGAGACGGAGAGUUCUUCUUACGCCUCCUGCAGACAGAGGUGGAGAGGAUGGAGGGCUGGUGCCAGAACAUGGAGCGAGAGGCCGAGGAGAACGAACUGCCAGAGGAGAUUCUUGAGAUGAUACGAAAUGCGGUUGGCAGUGCCCAGAUGCUCAUGUCUCAGAAAGUCCAGCAGUUCUUCCGCCUCUGCCAACAAAGUGUGGACCCAUCGGCGUACCCCCAGCCCACCUCUCAGGACCUGGCGGGCUUCUGGGACCUGCUCCAGCUCAACAUAGAGGACGUCAGGGUCAAGUUUCAGGACCUUCAGAGGCUCAAGGACUCUGGUUGGAGGCUCCCACCUGAAAAGAAGGAGGAUAAGAAACUCCCUCCUCCUUUACCAAAGAAGCCAGCAGGCGGGGUGAGUGGCAGCCUCCGGGCUGAUAGCGUCGGGGAUGUGGGCGCCGGGGUUGGAGGAGGUGGAUCGGGGGGUCUGGUGGUGCCGCGCAUUGGUGGACAUACCCUACCCAUCAGGGAGAAGUCUCUGGACCUCGGGGACCGUCAGAGGACAGAAGCGAGGAGGAGGCUGCUGCAGACCAAGCGUACUGCCUCCUUCAGGCAAAACUCGGCCACAGAAAGCGCAGACAGCAUCGAGAUCUACAUCCCCGAAGCCCAGACUCGGCUCUGA